AUGGCAGGUGAUCUGUUUUUGUCUGAUCCUUCGAAGAAGAGAAGGCGUUCGGGAAAAGCUACCAGUACAACAAAUAAGUCAAAGAGAUCAAGUCGAACUAGUACUCCAUCAGCAGCUAGAGAACAAGGCGAAGAAAUUUCAGGAGGAAGUGAUUCAGAAGACGAGCAAGGAAAUGUUUCUGUAGGAUCGGGUGAUGAAGAUAUCGAUAGGGAUAACGAAGAAAUUGAAUCGGAUGAAGAGUUUGAGGAUGAGAAUGCAGCAGAUAAGAGAAGAAGAUUGGCUAAGCAAUAUUUGGAUAAUUUGAAGAGUUCGACCGAAUUGGGAGGCGAUUUCAAUGAUUUCGAUGCACAGGAUUUGGACGAUGAUAUAUUAGCCAGACGUUUACAAGUAGACGUGGCUGAAAGUAAAGGUUACGUGUAUAAAUUUAUUGGAGAAAAAGUUUCGUCACAAAUUGAUGACAUUAAGACGGUCAUUACUCGAAUUGGUUCUAAGAAUUUAACCGGAUUGUCGGUUAGAUAUCCUUACUUGUACACUGUAUCUAAAGAUAUUGAAAUUAUUAAGUGGGAUAUCUCUGCUGACAAAAAGAAACCCCAAAGAAUAAAGCAUACUAGGGGUGGUUCUAAAUAUUUCAAAUUAUUCAAUAAUCCAAGCCAGAACCAUCACUGGGAUUCCAUAAAUUGUAUUGCGGCAUCUCCUGAUGGAAAAUUUAUUGUCACCGGUGGAAAUGAUUCUCGUUUGAUUAUAUGGUCUACAGAGAAUCUUGCAUGCUUGAAGGUAUUAGAAACAAGAUCUUCUGUAAAUUCCGUAAGUUUCCGUCGUGGAACUGAUCAAUUAUAUGCUGCCUGUGCUGAUUUAAGGGUUAGAACAUAUUCUAUAAACCAAUUUGCCCAAUUAGAAGUCUUGUACGGACACCAAGAUAAUAUAUCUGAUAUUUCAGCAUUAGCAAAAGAGACUUGUGUGUCAGUUGGAUCUAGAGAUAAGACUGCAUUAUUUUGGAAAAUAUCUGAAGAGUCUAGAUUAACAUUCCGUGGUGGCGAUUCGACAGAUAAAAGAGCAAGAAAGUCCCAUAAGAAAAAGCAAAAUAUCGAAGAAGAACCUUCUGACGAACAACCAUUCCAUGCAGAAGGAUCAAUAGAUGUUGUGUCGAUGGUUGAUGAAUCACAUUUCGUUACCGGUUCUGAUAACGGGAACAUCGCAUUAUGGUCGUUAGCCAAAAAGAAAGCCCUUUUCACCCAAAGAUUAGCACAUGGUUUACAACCAGAAUAUGCACCAUCCAAAGCAAGUGCAGAGACGUCAAUUGAUAAUGCAUCCCGUCAGAUUCCAGAAAGACAACCAUACUGGGUUACUGCAAUUCACGCAGUACCAUAUAGCGAUUUAUUUGUAAGUGGUUCAUUUGAUGGUAGUUUGCAUGUAUGGAGAAUAUCACAAGAGGGUUUGAGAUCUUUCGAGUUAAUUGGAAAAAUUCCUAAUGUAAAGGGUUGUGUUGUGAAAAUAGACAGUGCAGAGAUCGGUAACAACAAGGUGGUAAUUCACGCUUUGGUAAGCAAAGAACAUAGAUUAGGGAGGUGGUUAGAAAAGAUUGAGGGUGGUAGAAAUUCAUUAGUAAGUUUUGCAUUCGACAUUUAA